ACCCAAAACCCUCCCCUCUCUCUCUCGCCUCACCACCGCCGUCGUCGUCGCCGCCGCCGCAACCCUCGCCGCCGGCGCUAGGCUCGCGACUCCGACGAUGUCGGCGCCAUCCGACCCCGCCGUGGCCACCCACCCGCAGGCGGGCGCCGCCGCGGCGGCGUCCUCCAGCAGCGGCCUCACCUUCAAGCUCCACCCCCUCGUCAUCGUGAACGUCUCCGACCACCACACCCGCGUGAAGGCCCAGGCGGCGUGCUCCGGCGACGGGGCCUCGUCUGCGGCGGCGGGGGGGCAGCCGCCGAGGGUGUUCGGGUGCGUGAUCGGGGUGCAGCGCGGGCGGACGGUGGAGAUCUUCAACAGCUUCGAGCUCGUCCUCGACCCUGUCUCCGGGACCCUCGACCGCGCCUUCCUCGAGAAAAAGCAGGAGCUCUAUAAGAAGGUUUUCCCCGACUUCUAUGUGCUGGGUUGGUACUCCACUGGAAGCGAUGUGCGGGACACUGAUAUGCAAAUCCACAAGGCUCUGAUGGACAUUAACGAAAGUCCCGUUUAUCUUCUUUUGAAUCCUGCAAUCAACCUCUCCCAGAAGGAUCUCCCUGUAACAAUUUAUGAGAGUGAGUUGCAUGUUAUCGAUGGGAGUCCGCAGCUCAUCUUUGUCAGAGCUAAUUAUACAAUUGAGACUGUAGAGGCAGAGAGGAUAUCUGUUGAUCAUGUUGCCCAUCUCAAACCAUCUGAUGGUGGCUCUGCGGCGACUCAAUUGGCUGCUCAUCUGACAGGAAUACACAGUGCCAUCAAGAUGCUCAAUAGCAGGGUCCGUGUUAUCCAUCAAUAUCUUGUUUCCAUGCAGAAAGGUGAUAUGCCACUGGACAAUUCGCUGCUUAGGCAAGUCUCAAGCCUAGUAAGAAGGCUACCAGCAAUGGAGUCAGAAAAAUUCCAAGAUGACUUCCUAAUGGAAUACAAUGACACCCUCCUCAUGACUUACCUUGCUAUGUUCACUAACUGUUCAAGCACAAUGAAUGAGCUGGUCGAGAAGUUUAACGCGACAUACGAGAGGUCGACUGCCAGGAGAGGAGGCCGAGGUGCUUUCAUGUAGAUUUUCCCCCUUCUGCAUCUGCAGCUGGUUCUCUGCUGAGAUUUUGGAAAUAGUUACCCAUAUGGCCAGGAAGUUUUUGCGUAUAAUCUGUUAGGAACUAUAUCUGGCAGCCAUCAAGUUUCUUCCAAACUCAUGCUCCCUCGUUCAGGAUUGACACGGCAAACAUGUUGAUAUUCUUGAUUCUGUGCCUAGAUCGUUGUUUAUUCCUCAUUCGCCAAGAUUGACAUGUAAAGUUUAUCCCCAUCACCCCCAUGGUAGUUACACUAUUUGACUCCCUAAAUGGAUAUGGAUGCAGGUUUCCUGAGUUAUGCUUGUAAAUUUCUUUAGGUUAACUGUA